UUCAUCAAAACCCGUGAAGCUGAAUGCAAGCAUCAAACUUCACUCCAAUUCAGCAUUGAAGCAUGAUUCAACCAAAUCACCUGUGAAGAAAUCUCCUUUGGACAAAAGCCAUCACCCCCAUAAUACUGCCAUUAAAAAGGAAGCUAUAUCGCCAGUGAGUUUUGUAAUUUUUAUUUUGCUCUGUACUCAGCCAAACAGAAAAAAAAAUAAAAAUAAAAACUGCAUUGUACAGCAUGGAAACUUAUUAUGCUAUGGCCCUAUAAAUGCAGAACCAAAAAAAGUGUAAGCCUGAGAAACAGAACACAUUUUGCAAUAUCACCACUGACUGCAGAAAUUCUAUACUGAUGACCUACAUGUAACAGUAUCACUAUUCGACCAUCAUUAGUGUGGAAUUUCUCUGCUCUUUCUCAAACAUAAUUUUGCAGGGAAACCAGUUGUUGUGCCGCAAAAUGCCCACGGUUUCCUCAGGCUUCAGAAGUAUAAGAAAGCAUCAGUCUCCUGACAGGAUUACAUUAGUCAAUAUUAUUGGAAUGAAAGGAGGGCAGCAUUUGCCUUAGCAUUAAGGAGGUCAUAGUAUGAAAAAAGGGCAUUAAAUUAAGAGAUUCAAGCAUUCUCAACCUCAUUUUUUUAAAAAAAAGUCUGAACUUUUUAUUAACCAAAGCGUAGCAGAUGCUUUAAACUGUACAUGCAACUGUAUCGAUGUACUCCUGUGUCAGAAAUCCCACUCUAGAGUAUACAUGUAGUGUAGCCACAGAUUGUCCUGGUAUUCAUCAAUUUAUUUGUUGAUUCUAACCUUUUCAGGUAAAACAAUCACAACAUGCAUCAGGCCAUGCUGAAAGUGAUGAUGAUGAUGACAUCCCCUUGGUAAGUUAUUUUAUUUAGAUAACAAAGUCUGAAAAGGUAGAUCUGAUUAUCACGGUUGUCACUGAGAUGUUAUGUUGCUGGGUAAAUACAUCAAGUGGGCGGGGAAGCAAACAGCUAGGGGUUUCUUUUGCUUUUAUUUUUCUUCUAGUUUCCUUUAAAAGUUGCUGGGGACCACGUUUAUAGUAGCCGAGGGAAAUCCCCGGCCCCCGCCUCUUAAUGACAGCUCUGGAUUAUCUUUAAAAAAUUUUAUAUAAAAAACAUAGAACAAGUCCACUCUCUCCCUAGUUCUUCACCAUGUUUGAUUCUCUUAGAAUUCAUAAGUGAGCUAUUACAUGAUCCUUAGGUUUUGUAAAACAAUGUGAGCUGAUUAAUCUCAUGUUCUCUUUUAGGCUGCCAGGGCCCAAAUGAAGUAAGUAUGUUGUAUUAUUCCUUAUCGCUUAUACCAUAUAAUUAUAUAGUGUGCUUGAUCAGAGUUAAAAAGAGCCUUUUCUCCAGACAGUUAAUUUACUGGACGCUUAUGCCACUGUGAUUCAACACACUCUGACUAUUGCUUUUGACAUUGCAGUGGAUGAUAUGACAUCCUCUUUUUUCGCGAAAUGUUUUAUAAUUUUUAACACUUUGCAUUAUUGAACAUGUUACAGGCAGGCAGCGGCGGAUAAGAUUAAAACUGAGAAGAAAGUUGCCACACCAAAACCAGCUAAAUCAGCAUUGAACAGUUCAGUGGAUGAAAUGAAAAAAGUGGUCAAAUCUGAUAAGCCCGAAAAGGUGAAAAAUGGAAAACCUCUUAAACUGGAGAAAAAGAAGGAGAAGAAGGCAGCAGAUGUUGCAAAAAAGCAUGAUUCAGUGAAGAAGGAAAAAAAGUCAGAAGGAGGAAAGCCUUCGAAGAAGACAGCAGACAGUGAUGAUGAUGACCAACCCUUGGUGAGAACAGACUUUUGAAUUUUCAGGUUUUACUAGUCCUUAGCAUUUCAAAAUUAUAUAUCGUUAUCCACUACACAAUGCAGACCUUGGCAUUUCAAAAUAUACAUCAUCAUCCACAGAUACAUUGCUUUCCACUGGAUAAGGGUAGAAGCCAAUUUUGUGUACCUGCCUUUUUGGUAGUCAAAGUGUGCUUACCAUUUGACAAAAAAAUUCGGUUGGGGUGUCGAAAGCAUAAUGGUAAGCGAUUUACCAGUUUACUGUAGAAUUGCCACAUCUGUUACGGUUUAAAUCCAAAAAAAGGGCGAAUAUUGUGUAUCGCGAGUCUGGAACCCAGAAGGAACCGAGAAAUUGGUAAAUGGUAAGCACAUUCUGUUUGGUUUGUACCAACCCGAAUGAACGGACUACCUCAAAAUGUACUCCUCAAUUUUCCGUUGGAAUUACCGAAAAGUGACCUUACCAUUUACCUUUCAUCCGGAAUUUCUGAAAUUUCCUAUCAAAAUUAAUGGUAAGCACCCAAAGACAUGAGAUUUUAUUGUCUUUUGAAGCAGGCCUAAGUGUAUCCAAAGAGAUCCCUUACAACAAGCAUAAGGGACACUACUUUCUGGGUUUCAAGGCUCUUCAUUCACAGGUUUUCAGCUGGCCUGCUGCUUUGCAUUGGCCUGUGGGUAUUAUCUAUCGAAUUUUACCACUUCAUCUUCCAGAAAAUGCUUGAGUUCAUUAAAAUCUAAUGAUAUUGAUUUUGGUUUUUACUUUCAUAAUGUUUCUGUGGAUGACUAUGACAGUCUGCUAGGUAUGUAUAAAUUUCUCUCUAAAUCUAAUACGUUUAAUUUGUUUUUGACUUUGAAAGGUCAAAAGAACUUACAAAAUGUUUUUAAAGAAUGAAUAAAAAUGAGCACUGUUCAUCAAGAAAAGCAUAUCAGAAGAAGGCAUUAUAGGAAGACGGCAUUCUGAAAGUGAGAUUAACCAUGUUUUUUUUUUUAUUUGUCUGUGACAAACACUGUCAGGGAAAAGCCAUAUGCUAUCAUUUCAUCUGGCGUGGUACAGAGGUGGGGGAGGAGGGUGGGUUAAGGAAGCUGUGUCACGAAAUUCAGCCAAAUUAGGUAAUUACAAAAUGCCAGUUAAAUUAAGAGAAACAUAAAAAUAACCACUUAAAACAUUAAAGGAAGGUUAAAAUAACACAACAGAAACAACAGAUGCCAUGGAUGGGCAAAACUGAAGAAGACUGAAACAGAUUGAAAUUAGGGUUUUUGAAAACUGUUCAGCCUAACAGUUCUUCAAAGUUGAUCCCUGCUGCUUGCAACUUCAAAAAUAAUGCACAGGAGACAUAUUCGUUUGUCUCCGAUUUUGUCAUUUACCUGUAAUUUCUCUGCUUAUUUUAAGUUCCAUAGCGAUUGAGGGUGAGUAAUUGGCAAAAUUAAACAAAAUGAACUGGACUGCCGUAACACAGCCCCUUUAACGAAGCUGUACAAACAUUUGAUUUAUUGCCAGAGUGAACAAGACCCCCACAAACAAGAAGCAAGUAAAACCAACAUCUAGUGGGUCAUCUGGUCAGAAGAAAGAUGCUGCAGCCUCGGUGUGCACUUUUUUGUUUUUAUGUGCUUUUUUUGCUUCUUAAUCGUCAUAUAAAUGAGGGUACUCCUUUAUUUGGGGUCAGAAAAAUAAUCAUUAAAAAACAAAAUAUUGUACAUGUACUGCUUAAAACACUUUUAUAACAAAUGUUCUCCUUCACCAGCGCAAGAGGAAGAAGAGUGCAAGCAAUGAAAGUGACAGCGAUGAAGAUGGUAAACCAUUGGUAAGAUAAAUUCUAUACAUAAGAGCUAGUGUACAGUGUACGUGGUAAAUAAAGAUUGAAUGUACAGAAUUUCAUUUUACGUUCCCUGUUUUAAUCAAUGAUAAUAGUGUCACACUUUCCCUUGCAUGGUUCGUACAAUCUUGAAAAGGUCUUGAAUUUUAGUAGUUGUCUUGAAAAGUCCUUGAUUCAGUUUAGGGCCUUGAAAAGAACUUUACAUGUAUUUCUUUAUUAGGUCUUGAAAAGUCCUUGAAAUUCACAACCUUGUAUACGCCAGACACCUUUUUGUGUAAAAUUAGAUCAUUUUGCCAAGGAAAAUUUGGCUUAUUCUCGGUGUAAGAACCAGUAAAACUCACAGGUAACGUAGAAACAUUUUUGUGCAUGAAUAUUUUACUUCUGUUUCUUAAUUUUUCAAAUUCUAUUUCUGUACCUCAGAUGCAAUUUCAUGUCAUACCCAGUCAUUUUGCAAAGUCGUGUUGCGGAAAGUAGUGUAACAGAUAGCAAACAGCAAACAGAUUUUACUAGUCCCUUGGCCCUUGGUUAUAUCAAGGUUUCACUGUAUGGUGCAGCGAUAUCAAGGUACACUGUACGGUACAUCCGUGGAUCAUGCUAAAAAUUUCAAUCUUUAAUUUCAGGCCAAGACUGCCAAGAAAAGUUCUAAACCAGCAAAGAAAGAGAAAACAAGUGGGUCAGCUAAAAAGAAACCCAAGGAAGAAAAGUCUGAAAAAGAGGUACAAACAUUUCUAUUAUGCCUAGUUGGUGAUAAAUAAAUAAUUAAUUGUAGCUUAAUACAUUGUACAUGCAAGUAGACUUUCAUAGUGUGGUAUGAUAAGUUAUUGCAUGGUGAACUCCUUCAAGGAUACUGGAAACUUGUACAUGUGCAAUUUCACAUUGAGGGAUGAACAAUAUAGCAUGUCUGAACAUUGUGUUGAUCAUCCAUUUGGUCUAAUAAUAAUGACUUCACAAUAAGGUGAUAUUAAUUUUAUUAUUACCGGUAUCAGGGUCCGAAAUUGCGCCUUCCUGGUCGCCAAUGCGACCAAAAAUUCAGUUCUGGCGACCAGAAUUUCAUAGCUGGUCGCCAGCUGGCGACUUGUAAAGCUGGUUGUUAUUGUAGACUUUCAUGUUCAGAGAAAAUGAUUGAGAAUUGAAACCUCGAAGCUCUUUGCCAACAGGUGUCUUACUUUUUGUCCUGCUGAUAUUUUUUUAAUUUAAAAGUGAAACGAAUCUUCCUGUAAAUAUACCUCCACAACAGCUACGAUCAAUACGAGUUGAACGUUUCCAAGCCACCAAGGGAAAUUUUUGGCGAAAAUAAUUUGCCCUCUGGUGCCCAAAAAUUUAUACUUACCAGUUGGUGCCCAUAUUAAAAAGUUAAUUUCGGACCCUGGGUAUCAUGAUCUUGACUCAUCUGAUAUUUUAUUAUUGCCACACAGGAAAAGGGAAAAAAGAAGAAAGAAGAGGAAAAGGAAGUUUGGAAAUGGUAAGUUUUGCGGUAAAGUAAAAAGUAAAAAACUUUAUAAAAAUUAUCACUCAAACUAAAAUAUUUUAUUUAAUGACAAUUUCAGUGUUGACUUCCUAGAUAUCUUUAAUGGUGAUCAGGAAAGAAAGCAAUGUUUAGUCUUGUCAGCAGUCUUGUGUCAAGCCAAAAAUUAAAUUACAGAAACAUUUAGUGAUGCCUGAAAGUGCAGACAAAAAAUUGUCCAUAUCCAGAGAAUAAAUUUGUCUUAACUGGAGGGGGAACAUUGGAGUGCUGAGAAAGAAAAAAGUGCCCAGUCACGUCAAGCAAAAUUUGUGGAAGUUGAUACACACAAAGUUAUCUUUCUCUCAGAAUAUUCAAGCUGUUUUAAAUGGCUCAUGAAAAAGAAACGAAAAGCAUUCAGACCAUCCCAUCUUCAGGCCCACAAAGCCACAUAAUCAGUGAUUUUCUUGUCAAUAUUUUUUUGUGUUCACUCUGGCUACUGAAAAGAUUUAUGUGAUCAGAAUGGUGUGUGUUUCAUGUCAAUUUGCUUACAUUUUAUCUAUAACUGCAACAGUCGGUGAUUUUUGGCUCUUUGUUUCUUCCCCACAACAUGCAAAUUUUCCCAAAGUUAAAGAUGCUUAGUUAUUUACUACGUAUAGCAAGGUUUUCACGCAAGAAACCGCACAAAUUCUUUGCAGUAAGACUAACUAUAACUGCCUUUGAGUUUCCUAAAACCGGGGUUUUGUCAACUGUGUCGGACAGGCAUUGCAUACAUAUUUGUCACCUUGGAGUCUAGCAUUGGUAUAAACUUUGUUGAAGAGAUAACAUCUUACAAAUUCUUAAUUUUAAAUGAUAUUUUGGUUGUAAAUUUAUAGAAUGCAAAGAUGGAAUCAUGCAAUUGUUGAUUAUCUUCAGUGACUCACUUAUAAAGCGAUUUCAUUUUCUUUGUAGCCUGAGAACUAGAUCCAAAAAAACCCGAUGCUCUUGCAAACUAUUAUUUUGUUUUGCUGAAAAUAAAAAAGAACAUGUUACAUUCAUAAUCAUCUGGGCAAAUAAAAGCUUGCAUGACAUUGCCAAUUAUUCUAAAGUUGUGUUUGUGUAGUGUUUGAAAGCCCUCAAUGCUCCCCUCUGAAUGGGAGACUGCUCUAGAUCUCAAACUUGCCUCAGAUCAUCUGGGAAAUGUGGCAGAAUGUUACCUUCAAUGUUGCAACUGUAUAUUUACAUUUACGUUUACAUAUAUAAUCUUGCAACAUCUAUAACAGACAUUAUUCACAAGCUUCUAACUAAUAACUAAAGCACUACUACUAGGAAAUAUAAAAAUAAAUUACAAUAAAUCGAAAAGGGAUAGGGUAUUGUUCAUGUGAUGUAAAGUAUUAUUUUACAUUGAUCCUUUAGGUGGGAGGAGGAACAACUCCCAGAAGGCGUAAAAUGGUUGCACAUGGAGCACAAGGUAUGAUGUAUUGUUCUUUGAAAAACUCAUUUUUCCACUUUUGGCUGAGUUAUCUGUGAAAUGUGCAGGGAAAAAAAAGAGAGAGAGAGAACAGGGGAUAAGGGGUAGCAUACUGUUUAUGCUGAGAUAACUGAGCCCUCUGAUGAUACAGUGUGUUUAUUUUGCAAAUCUAAGUUGUUUCCAAAAGUACAAUAUGGCCAUGUUUUUGUUACAAUGCUCUGCCAAUCUGGCACAGAACAUAUAUCUUCAAACCUCUUCUCUUCUUCUCCAGGGACCAUAUUUUCCACCUCCAUAUGAACCUUUACCUGAUGAUGUCAAGUUUUAUUAUGAUGGUGAGGUUUUUUUAUUUUCCCGUAAAAGAGCUAUAAAUUUUUGUAAGAACACUGGUAGUUAUGGAAUAUGACUACAUCAUAAAUACAUGUAAUGUGUUUAAAGUCAGUGCCAGUUUUGUAAUUCUUUAUUGUACGGCCUACCAUCCUAUCUUAUUGGGAAGCUUCAACAUGUUCAAAAUUCUGCUGCUUGCCUUGUCAACCAGUGUCCAAGAUUUUGCCAUAUUACUCCAGUCCUGAUGGAUCUUCACUGGCUUCCUCUCUCCUUUCGUAUUGAAUUUAAAAUUAUGUUAAUUACUUACAAAGUACUAAGUGAUCGAGCUCCAAUCUAUAUACAGGAACUCCUUCAAUUGUAUACACCCAGCUGCAAUCUUAGAUCCUCUAGCAGAAAUUUAUUAGUUAAACCCUAUUUUAAUCUCAAUUCGUAUGGUAAACGAGCUUUUUCUGUUGCUGCUCCGGAACUUUGGAAUAACUUACCUGAGGAUAUUAAAUCUGCAAACUCAAUUGAUGAUUUUAAACGCAAACUUAAAACAUUUCUUUUUAUGCUAGCUUAUGAAUCGUGACGUUUUUAUUUGUUAUCUGAUUUUUUAUCUAUUGUGUACAUUUAUCUAUUUUGUAGUUAGCGUCUAGUUUUAAUGUCAAUUUCUUGCGAUUAUUUUUACUUUUUACUUCUAUCUUAUUUUUUGUAAACAGCGCCUUUGAAUCUUGUAGAAAAGGCACUAUAUAAAUGGAUUAUUAUUAUUAUUAUUUUAAUUAGCAUCUUAUGGAUUUCAAGAAAUUAAAUGAUUAAAUAAUGCUGUCUUACAUACAGUAUCUAUUUUGUUUUUUUACAGGUGAACAUAUCAAGCUUAGUUUAGGGACAGAAGAGGUAAAAGUUUGUUUAUUGGAGAUACUAGUUUCUUGUUUGUUAAUCUGAUGCCUCAAGGAUCAUAGUGUCCUCUCCUUGUUAUGGCUCUUGAGUGGAAUGUUUUUAAAAUUACUUCUGUAUGUGGAUGUAAACACUCCUUGAUCUAUAGUUAGCUUUGCAAUGAAAUCUUUAUGUGCACAGUCAUUACAAGAAGCGUUUAUAAGAAUUGAGGAGCUCCUGUUUAUAUUAUUGUUGUUCUUAUGGAACUAGACCCAUUAUUUCAAUUUUCUGCCUCUAAUGGGUGAAAUAAUUAUUGUCUGGUCAGUGGCAAGCAAGGAAUUCAAAAUGCUAAUUGGAACUGGUUUUAGUAAGAGUAAGUGUUUGCAUGCAGGCUUUUUUUGUUCGUGUAAUUUGUCGAGCAAUUUCUCCAUCUAAAUUUUCAACUCCAAUUGACUGCCCCUGUUUCUCCAAGAAUGUUAAUACAUAAGUGUUAUUGACCAAGCGCAAGGUCAAGGUGGCUGGAUAUUGGCCAAGUUCCUUUUAAAUUGCGUUUUGCAUUGAUAAUAUUGCGUUUAUGCAACAGGAUGGCAGAAGAAAGAGGAUGGCAAAAUACUUGUGUGUGACAAAUAUAACAGGGCUAUUACUUUCAUGUGCUGUGGUGAUCUUCGGUCAAGAAUUAAUUUUUUUUGGUCUCUUACAAAAAGAUAUCUGUUUAAAGGAAGAUGAAGUUUGAGGCAAAUUUUUUUCAAACAAAAUUAGUGUCUCGUUUGUCACACAAGAUUUGUCGUUUUUUUAAUUGCUGUCUUGUCCUGCUGCCUAAGUUUACUAUAAUAAUGUAAAAAAUAGAUCCAGUUUUCUUGACUGAACAAGCUUGGUCAAUCAAGCCAAUCAGAACAGGAUUUGCCUCAUCUUGCCUGCUUGUGGAUUCAGCCAUAUAAUGAGUCAGAGUAUAUUUCUUAGACAUAGGACCAGUUAUGGUUGUACUUACUAAAAAAACACUUAAGGAACCAGAGUUACUCAAGGUGUUGUUUUUUAGGUGGCAUCAUUUUAUGCAAAGAUGCUUGAUCAUGACUACACCAGCAAAGACAUCUUUAACAAGAACUUCUUUGAAGACUGGCGGAAAGAAAUGACAAGUGAAGAGCGGAAAAUUAUUAAGGAUCUGUCCAAGUGUAACUUUAAAGAGAUGCAUGCAUACUUUACAAUGGUACAGUAUAAUAUUAUAUAGUGUUUAUGAGACUGUUUUGUAUUUUGUUAGCAAAGUACAUCCCUUCAGGGUAUACUCCUUUAAGUCCAAAGUGUGACCAACAUAAAUUUUCUCCGUAUAAUAAAAAAUACAGGAAGAAGAGAAAAAGUCAUGAGAAUUAAUUAAUUGACCACAAGGGGGAAAGUGCUUUGAUCUGUUAACAAAUUCUCUCAACUGAUUCUUUAAGAAAAAGUAUGGAAGUCAGUCUGGAGAAUUUUUAUGUGGAUAUUGGGACUUAAAGAGUUAAAUGAACCAUGCUCACUGCCAGAAAAAAAUAUUUGCAAAAAGGAGACCUUGAAAAGAAGUCACAAAAUGCAAAAGUUUACAUGUAAUUAGUACAGUUAGUUUCAACUCUACAUUAGACUGUCUCGUAGACUGCAAUAUCAUUUGCUACCUAGAUCACUGAAGUAUUAUUGGCCUUCUCGUCUUGCAGAUGAUAAAAGAUACUUCAUGCCACCUUUUAUUUCUCUGUGCCCUAUCCUUAUAGAAAUAUUGGAUAUCACAUUGAAUUCUUUCAGAAAGCAGAGGAGAGAAGAAACUGGACAAAGGAGCAGAAACAGGAGCUGAAAAAGGAAAAUGAGAAAAUUUUAGAAGAGUAUGGCUAUUGUCUUAUGGAUGGGCACAAGCAGAGGGUAGGCAACUUCAAGAUUGAACCUCCAGGUUUAUUCCGAGGACGUGGCGACCACCCAAAGCAGGGAAAACUGAAAAAGAGAACCAUGCCUGAGGAUGUGAUCAUCAAUAUUGGACAGUAUGUUAAAAUACCACUCUGAUUGCUUUUAAUUUGCCACUAAGUGUUAUCAGAAACUCAUACAUUGUAAAUUUCUGCCAUCAUGAAAUCGAAAGUCACAUUACUGAAACUUUUAUGUUAAGAAGACGAGGAAGGGUGUAUCAAUCUUUUAUUUUUGAAAAUUGUGGCCACUUCCCUUAUUAAAAUCACUGAAUUGACUCGUAAGGUUCAAAGACUUCAAAUUAGAAAAAUCAUCUGGGCUAGUUGUUUAAAUCCAGACACAACUGAUUUUCUGCUACUGUAAUGUUUAUGAUUAGGCUAGGAUUAGAGCUACAUGUACAAUAGUAACGGGCAGAACAACUCUUUCCCUGGAUUUAUUUGCUGGGAUAAGGAACUGCACUUAAUUAAUUACGUGGACUGGUAGCAUCCCAACAGAAACUACCCUUCAUGUGUAGCAAAAUGUGAAAGAUGAGGCAAACUGGAUUGGCUUCAGCUGAGGACCUGAAUUGUAGUCUGCAAUGUUGUUGGUCUGGCUCUGAGCAAUUCAUGAUUAAAUAUAGGUGUUACAGUAGUUGGUUGCAUUCUUAUCACUAGCACUCUCAUCAAAUUCAGGUAGGUUAAUCAUUUUAUGAUCAUAACAUUAUUUUGUUUCUUUUUUUUUGGCAGAGGAGCAAAAAUUCCUGAGCCUCCUGAAGGCCACAAGUGGCAGAAAGUCAUUCAUGAUAAUAAGGUAAAAAUUUAUAAUGAUGACACUAAUGCAGGCAUCAAGUUCAAAUCAUUAUAGACUGCUUGCAGAGAAUUGAUACAGAAUGAAUUGAGUUGUGUUCACUCUGGGUAGUUAAGCAUUAAAAACUAAAAAGAGAAAAUUCUGUCACUGGUCAAAACGUUUCAAAACCUAGCUAACAUUGAUGUACAUGUGUUUUUAUGUAAAGGUAUCAUGGCUUGCUUGCUGGGUAGAGAAUAUUCAAGGAAGUUACAAGUAUGUCAUGUUAAAUCCCACGUCAAGAUUAAAGGUGAGACUGAACUGCAAUCCAUUACGGUAUUUCUCUUUGAAUAGACUGGCUUCAGUUACUUAAUAAUGAUUUGUUUGCAACUGUUUUCAGGGUGAAAAGGAUUGGCAGAAGUAUGAAACAGCAAGGAAAUUAAAGGUAAUGGUAUACUACCUGAAAAUCUGGUACCUAUGUAGAAGAGUGGUAAUUUAUCUAAUUUGUAAAUUAUUCUGAUCCCAUAAAAAAAAUGAACAUCUCUUGCAAAGUGGAUUUGCAAGACUUGCAUUACUCCAUGUCACUGAAAUAAAGCUAUUGACGUAGCAACACAGAUAAGCUGCAAGACUAUGCCAUCUGUUGCAGGUUGUCACAAAAAUCAUAAUCUUGUUGCCAUUUCAGGACUGUGUUCAGAAAAUCAGAGAGGAUUAUGAAGAGGACUGGAAAUCCAAAGAAAUGAGACUGCGUCAGAGGUAAAUAGUACAUGUACUUCUGCUAUUAUGCAAACAUGUUGCCUGGUCCCUAACCCUCAUUAUUCCAUGCCAUCUAUGCAUUUCGGAUCACGUGGUCAUGUCUCCCAGCCGUUCGUCUUGCAUACGUCACAGAAAUGCAUUGACAGAGAAGGUCUGGGAAGACACCGUACAGGGACUGGGCAAGCAUUUUCAGGGCAGGCAAGGUAGCUAAAAUAAUUACUGACAGUAAGACGUUUUGAGAUGCUGGCCAUAAACUACUCCAAAAGAAUGUAGUUAAAGUUGUAAAGGGGUCACGGAUUUGAUUGAAAUUUCUUGGGAGAAGAUGUGAUCGUAGCAAAUGUGAUGUUUAUCAUCUUUGCAUUGCAUCAGAUCUUUGUGUGUUAGAACUUCUUACGAUGUUUAACUUAUUUUGAUGUUUUCAGGGGUGUUGCCCUAUACUUUAUUGACAAGGUAAGGAUUAAACCUGCUUAAUAUCUAGCUUCAUAUGCAGAUUUUCUUAGGGUUUCGUGUGGGAGGGCUGGCUACAAGAACUCACCCUUACCUUAGCAAAUUGUUCUGAGAAAAGGUUACCUUUAUUAAAAAACCAUGCUAAGUUUGUCUUUGAGUAACUGGAUUUUGUUUGCUUAGUUGUUUUCAGUAAAUGGAAACCUCUCUAAUGAAAACUUAUUGUAAUUCCAAUUUUCAGCUUGCUCUUCGAGCUGGACACGAAAAAGAUGACGACACAGCCGACACUGUGGGCUGUUGUUCAUUGAGAUUCGAGCAUAUCAGUGAGUAGAAAUUGUGACCUCUUUGUACUGAAAUUGCGACCUUUUUCAGCAAUAGGCUUCUUACCCUAAAAUCUAGCUGGUGGUCUUGUGUACUAGACCAGCUCAAAGGCAGCCUCCACUGCUUGCUUUGUUAUGUGAAUCAUGUUGUUGCUAUGCUAACUAGUAUUUUUUAAGUGCAAUUUACGUUAGAAAACGAAGGAUGUUUAUAUGAAAACAAGGUCAACCUUAGCCUCACGUUCACUCAAAGGCUAGGAUACUAUGCUCACAACUGUAAAAUGGCCUAUUGACGGGAAUCAAUGUUAUUUUGUAUGCAACAAUGACAGUAAUUAAUAUUUGCUUUUCCUUCUUUCAAUAAUUUAUUGGUGGAAAUCAAACGAUCGAAAAAAAGCUAAGUGGCCUGGUUUCCCUCCACUAACUUAAAGAUUUGCUUUCAGUUUGGAAUAUUUGUUUGUGAAUUAUAGACACUUUUUACCCCAUAUUUAUCACGUAUCUUACUUUGUUGUGUAUAGAAUUGCAUGAUGAGUGGGAAGACAAGGAACAUGUAGUGGAGUUUGAUUUCCUCGGUAAAGACUCUGUUCGAUACUGGAACUUUGUCCCGGUAGAAAAAAAGGUAAGUGAAAUUAACUUUUCUCUUAGUUUUGGCACUUGAAGGGGCUUCGUUUGCAGCAUUUGCAAGUCCAAUUUCGUUCCCAGAGUCCGCGUUAUCCUUGUCCAGCGGAACGGCAACUGGGACCGCUGGACAACGUUAACGCGGACUCUGGGAACGAAAUUGCUUUAAGCCGUCGUAUUUGCCCGUUGGAAAUUUUUUUUUUUUCUGGUUAAAUUUCUUUUUUUUUCUAGGCUUAAUUAAUUAACAGUUUCAGUUUCUGUUUAUUUGUUUGCCAGAAAAAAUACAGUCAUUCAAUGUAAAGCUAAAAAGAUAGUUAAAGGUUAAAAGUGACGUAAAUUACAUAAGUGGAAGAAUUAGAGGGAUUUUUUUCUGGCGAGGAAGCACAAAUUGAAACCGUAGGGGCUAAUUACAAUACAGCACAAUAAUUAUUAAAGAGCAAAGAUAACAAAAAUGAUGAUAUUUUUUACAGGUGUUUAAGAAUCUUAAGUUAUUUAAGAAAGGAAAACAGGAUGGAGAUGAUUUAUUCGACAGAUUGUCAGUAAGUACAUCCAUAAUCUUAUAGUAUCUUGAUGAAGUUUAAGCCCUUUGUUUACACCAAAGGUAUGCUUUGUAAAGUCGAACCUUCCAUCAGGAGACUUCAUUGACGCUUGUAUUUUUACACUUCAUUCAGACAACUUCAUUGAACAAGUACCUAUCGGAUUUAAUGGACGGUUUAACUGCCAAAGUUUUUCGAACGUACAACGCCUCCAUGACACUGCAGGAUCAGCUUGGCAAACUCACGGAGCCUGAGGACAAUGUAAACGCUAAAGUGUUAUCGUACAACCGAGCGAAUCGAGCCGUGGCCAUUCUCUGUAACCAUCAGGUAUGUAACAUAACCCUUUCACUCCCCAAGUGGCAUUCCAAGUUUCAUUUUGUAAGCUGCUGUAAAACAAAUAGUACCAUGUGAAAGUACUGCUGAAGAAGUUUCAUUUGAAUCGUAACACUACAGGAUUUUGUCCACAAACUCAAAAGUUUGAACUACAUACUAAAUAAAUAGUACCAUGUGAAAGUAUGGCUGAAGGGGUUUCAUUUGAAUAGUAACACUGCAAGAUUUUGUCCACAAACUCAAAAGUUUGAAGUACAUACUAAAUAAAUAGUACCAUGUGAAAGUACUGCUGAAGGGGUUUCAUUUGAAUGGUAACAGGAUUUUGUCCACAAACUCAAAAGUUUGAACUACAUACAAAAUAAAGAGUACUAUGUGACUGAAAGUGCUGCUAAAGAGAGUUCAUUUGAAUGGUAACACCUCAGGAUUUCAUCCACAGACUCAAGAGUUAGAACUACAUACAAAAUAAAUGUUACCAUGUGAAAGUACUGCUGAAGAGGUUUCAUUUGAACGGUAACACCAUAGGAUUUCAUCCACAGACUCAAAAGUUAGAACUACAUACUAAAUAAAUAGUUCCCUGUGAAAGUACUGCUGAAGAGGUUUCAUUUGAAUGGUAACACCAUAGGAUUUCGUCCACAGACUCAAAAGUUAGAACUACAUACAAAAUAAAUAGUACCAUGUGAAAGUACUGCUGAAGAGGUUUCAUUUGAAUGGUAACAACAUAGGAUUUCAUCCACAGACUCAAAAGUUAGAACUACAUACUAGAUAAAUAGUUCCCUGUGAAAGUACUGCUGAAGAGGUUUCAUUUGAAUGGUAACACCAUAGGAUUUCGUCCACAGACUCAAAAGUUAGAACUACAUACUAAAUAAACCUAUUGCUCUUUUUGACGUUCUCGGCCGCCGUCGCGUCGUCGGAACUAAAGCCUCUAAUGAAUGACCAGUGAAGUCUCACUUUCGAAUCCAAUAUAGAAGGCGUCCGCUUGCGAUGUACUAACCUUCAUCUUUCUCUUUUUCAGCGCUCUGUUCCCAAGACUUUCGACAAAUCAAUGUCAAAUCUUCAAAACAAGGUACUUAGCGAAUCAAUGACUCGGGGAUCAGCCGCUUAUCAACAUUAUAACUAAACUGACUAAUAAAAUAACCCACCGAACUUUUACAACACCAGACGAUUGUUUCAGUAAAGUACACAUGAGUGAUGAGUUUCAUGAAUGGGUCACUUACACGACGACGUCAUUUUAGUACUACUACAACCAGAAUCCUUCAGGGUUUUGCUUUCUUGUGCAAAUUAGGGCUUAUGUUGUAUAAACCUCACUGGAAGUACUAAAUGCAAUUAUAAAAGGAAAAUCAAGGAUUCUAAUCGUAGUAGUAAAAUGACGCCAUUUUGAAAGUCGCCUAUUCGUUCUUAUCAAACCCGAACAAUUACGUCUUGCAAUGUGGGUAUCUUGGAUGUAAACCAGUUACAUUUUCGAUUUGCCUUCGGUUUUAAGCAAGUUGUAAAAGCGCCCCUCACGCAGAAUUCUGUCCUUGCUCCGGCCUUACACAAACACUGUAAUUUUGUUUUGUGUUCUUUAAUCAAGACAGCAAUCAUAAGCAUAAGCAUAAGCUUAAGUUGUAGUUUCUGACACCGCAACAUCUUUUGUCAACUAGACUGUUUACUGUCCCCCAUUUUUUUGUUAGAUCGUCAGGACCGGGCGCUCACCGGUACGGGCGGCCGGCUUGGUUUCUCAUAUAUAUAUUUAUUAUAUGGAGGAGAGUGUUUUACUGGGAACUAAACCACUCGUAGAUUCCAUACGCCACUUCAUCCGGGACCCGAGUGGCGUAUUUUCCGUAUGUCACCUUUGUGAGUGUCGUAUCGUUCAAUGACGUCACGAUUCCCGCCUUUUGCUUUUGUUGAAUUGGUUUCUCCAUAUAAUAAAAAGAACAUUACACAUCUCGUGGCAAGAACAAUAUCUCACUCGUUCGCUUCGCUCACUCGUGAGAUAUUGUUCUUGCCACUCGAACAUAAAAUUCAUAUCUUCUCUCCACCGUGUAAUAUCCUCUAUAUACACUUCGAUACACUGGGGACGGGCGUCGGGCAGAUUUGACACUCAUUCAAGAUGGCCGCCCUUAACGCAAAGCGCUCGAUCUCGACGAUCUUACGGGAAAAUAGAGGAAUGUGAACAGUCUGUUCGUCAACUUAGGACUCGUUUUUAAUGAUUUUACCACAGCGAUGUCAAAACUCCUGAACUUUUUUAUCAUUUUAUUAUAUUUUAUUUUACUCAUUAUUUUGGGGGUCUGAAUGGGGCAUAUUCAAACAACUCAAGAGAGAAAUGUUAUUUUCUUUAUCAAGAUUGCGGAUAAAAAGAAAGCAAUAAAAGAUAUCAAGAAAGAGGUUAAAGAAUUGAAGAUUCAAGUUAAGGAAAGCAAAGAUGACAAAACGAGAAAGUAGGUGGAAAAUAUGACAUAUCGCAAUUCGUUUAUUUAUAGAGCAUUCAGUUACCUACCCUUAUACAUGUAGCCCUUUUUUUAUAUGCGGUUUCCGUUUUCGGCAACCGGUUUUUGGCCUGGCUGGGCCGACACCCGAGUAUCCCGUCGCACGCGAGAAGUAAGCCCCUGGUACUCGGGGAAUUUGUGACCCGUAUUUUUCCUGUAUUCGCAGAUUUCGCCGCAAGCACCCAGCCCCCCUCCUCAAUAAACAUGGUAGCUUAACUAACGUUAUAAUCCGGCUAUGAGUUGAGGUUUACACCGUGACACAUUUUAAAGCUGUAAUCCUAUCUACUCCUGUGGUCUGCCAAUAAUAAUCGUAGGGCGCUUUCCAGCCGUACCAGUCAUGAAAUAGGCUUUUUCCAAGACUUUUUGCUAAACAAAACAAACUCUUUCAUGCAUGCUACUAAGGACUUGACUGAUCUGGCUGAAGAGUUUUCACUAAAAGACGACGGUAAUGAUCUGGUCGGUUAGUUCUGACAAAUGGAGAGCGCUCUAAGGCAAUUAUUGUUUGACUUAAUAUUCCAGCUCAACGUUCACAUGGCCAAAUAGAAAACUGUCAACAGACGGGAUGUCUUUGAUUUUUAAAGCUCGAAAGCAUCAGUAGCCUGCGAAUACAGCAGCCUCUCUGCUUAGACCAAUUACAGGCCGCCGCUAAAGCAUCCAUUGAUACUAUUUUGCUUUUUUUACCUUUUUAGGCAACUAGAGAAGAAAAAAGGCCAAGCUCAGAGACUGGAGGAUCAGCUUUUUAAAUUAGAAGUAACCGCUACAGACAAGGAGGAAAAUAAAGAGAUCGCACUCGGUACCUCCAAGUUAAAUUAUUUGGAUCCGCGAAUCUCUGUUGCUUGGUAAGUUAGACACGUCAAAAAGGAAUCUCAAUUCAGAUUUUCUCCUGUAAUCCGAGAACUGAAAUAACUUCACAGGCAUCUCAUAUAGUCGAAGUUUCUUGAGGAAGCCAUUGUAAUUCCCCUUAUUGAGUCCGCCUGCUUUAAUAUAGAGCUAUUAAAAGCAAAGUCCUUUUUGAGUGACACACGUCUACCGGAAGUGAGUCGUUUUUGAGUAACACACGUCCACCGGAAGUGAGUCGUUUUUGACUGACAAACGUCCACCGGAAGUGAGGCGUUUUCCUUUUUGUAAUAUCUUGACGCCGCCAUAUUCGUAAUGCUUAGUUGUCUUGCUGUUAUAGGGAUGACUCGUCCAAAAAUGAAGGCGAACCUCUGCCGAAUAUUGCAAAAUGUCCACUUCCGGUUCACGUGUGUCGCUCAAAAAGGUUUUUGCUAAAAUUCCCUAUUGAUCAUAAAGACAUACCAAUUCAAGUACGCUUAUCAAAGUACGAUACAGUGCUGUGACUCGAAUCUCCAUCCUGGCAGUAGACUGUCAUACAAAACAAGAUGCGAGGUACUGCAGCUCCAGAAUAUUUUCUCUUUUUUGUAAUACCAGCACUGCGGUUCGCUACCCGCUAAAUGAUUACCCCGUUUGAUACCCCCCCCCCGCCCCCGCCACCCUCAGCUUCCUCCACACUGAAACGUGCUUGAAAUGAAUAUUAUCCUUCCCAAGGGUAAUGAGAGUUGGUUAGUUGGCUGCCUGGGUCCGCUAGCCACUAUGGUUAUUCCAGGCAGCUAGUACUCUUAUUUUACUUUCAAUAUUUUCAUUUUCUUAACUUUAUUGUUAAGCAAGAGUGAGUACAAAUAAAGAUGGUUUUUGUUAUCAUAACCCCUUUAUCCACAAACUGAUUCAUUAAGUUUUUCUUUCGCCUUUAUGUUAAAACCUACCCUGCGAGCAGAGCUUUCGCUCUUGCAUGGCUUUUAGCGUUUACGAAGUCGUUCGCGUGGCUCGUCUGUCGUGUAGUUGGUUUGUUUACCCAACUAAGCGACAGACAAGCCACGCGACUUCGUAAACGCUAAAAGCCAUGCAAGACAGAAACCUCCGCUCGCAGGGUAGUUAAAACCAGUUUUUGUUACCUUGUUCUUUUUAAGGUGCAAGAAACACGAAGUACCGGUAGAGAAAGUUUACAACAAGACACAACGAGAGAAGUUUGCUUGGGCGCUGGACAUGGCGGAAAAAGACUUCGUUUUUUGAUCUCGGCUUACCUGACACUCGCUUUAGCUUAGUAGUUAUUCAAUUUUAGUUCACAAUAUGCUUUCAUUUGCGAAAUAGCCUCAUUUUACGUCAAUUUAUUACUCCAAUGUACUAAAUGAUUUGAAGUCUUAGCGGUGAGAAGUGGAUGGGUUUAACCAGAAUAGUAUAGAAAUAAUGGGAACGAAAUCAUCAGUGCUGGAACUUAUGAGAAUGUUCCAUUUUGUACAUUUUAAAUUAUUAUUGUAAACACAAUUGAUCUAUUAUUUAUUUCAGAUGGGACGUUACCAUUUUACUGCGAAAACGUGGUGAAAAAAUCCUUUGAGAUUGCUUCAAAAGGUCUGCGAAUAUUUGUUGUAACUUUUGGUGUCAGAAAUUAAGUUAAAUCUCGUCACUGAUAACAGACCAAGUUUUCUACUAAAUUGUCAAUUUUCAUUUUGCAAUAUUUCAAACAAAUAGCAACGCCGUGACUUGCUCCAAUAGGCCAUUGUGGAGUAUCCCCCCUCCCCUCCCAUAAAAAAAAUGAAAUGAGGCCAGGCUCAAAAUCUUUCUUGUGAAAUGAGUUUAAUUUGUUUACAAGUAAGGUAUCAUUUUAAUAUAACUAACCCAAGCUCAAAGAAGUUAUCAGGGUUUCGUUACGCGUUCCUCGUUGGGGAGGAUUACGUGACGAGCCAAAUGGCGUCUGUGUCAUCUUUUUAGAAAGAGGUUAGGGGCAACACGGGAGUGGCCUAACGUUGCGAGCGCUGGUCACACGCAUUUGCGUGGGUUCAACGCGCUGGGAGGUUCGUGACACUCACACGAGAGUUUUUCUGUUCCUUAGUAAUUUUAAGAAGGCUGUAUUCGCCGACAAAUCUACGAAGCUUACAGUUGCGUAGUUGCUUUGUUCGGGCAAGCGCGCGAGGAUUUCACACUGAUUAAAUCUCUAGUACGACUUUUAAUUGCAAGAAGUUUUACUAUGAGACUAAAUGAUCACAAGAAACUUUGCUACUUUUUUUGUACUAUUGUGGAGCAGCGCUUUCACGAAAUUAGUCCGCAGAAAAGUUCUUAAAUUUUCACACAAAAUAGUGCUUUCGAAGAAUGUGAAGAAAGACCUAACUUCAGAUUUGGUCGAGUGAGGUUGUUUUCCUUCAGUUUCACCUUUUGAUAAAAAAUCGGUCGCUUUUCUUUCUUAUGUCAGUCUUAAUUCCGGAAGACCCAUUUUAUCUCUACAGUGUUGGUUAGUGUCUACUCGCGCGCUUACAGAGUUGCAAGAGUUUUUCGUAGCGGUAUUGCUUACAAAUUAGAUUAUUCUCAAAUCUCCCCCUUUUAUCAUGAAUAGAAUGAUCCAGUGAUUUUGUUACAAAUAGUUAUGGUGAGCCCUGGGACUCAUAUUGUGAAUAAUCAUGAGACCAAUGAGUCCCAGUUAAAAAAACGAGUCCGAAACUGAAAAUGCUUAGGCCUUUAUGUAACCAGACAGUUAAUCUGUAUGACAGACUCCAUAAUUCUGUAUUACAGAAUACCGAAAUUAAAAUAUAGUCUUCUAUUUUCAAGCACAACAAAGGCUAAAAGAAAGAUGCAUUGUUAAACAACAGCUAUAAUAACUGCCACAGAAAUUACACGAACGGGAUCUAUUCCUACAAACACACAUGUUCAGAUCGAUAAAUCGGUAUGACUCAUGCCAUGAAUUAUUUUGCGUCUGUGGGAAUUUUUAAGUGUCAAGGACGCAGGCCGCAGAGGUAACAAAAUCACUGAUGAUCGAUUCCUAAGUGGGUUUGCGCUUGCAAUUGAGCACUGAAUAGCUACCUAUGUAUGGCUUUACUUUUUUCGUUUGUAAUUUGUACUGACAGAAUUUUUUUUGUUCUCUAUGGUAAAAACAAGAACAUUGUUACGAAGUUUUCUCGAAGCAUGUCCUGUUAAGACAACUCUUACAUCGUGUCUCAGCCCUGGAAAAAGCGAGUCUGAGGGCGUUUGUCUGUAAAUUGGCCAAAGGGAACUUGUGGGCUCGUAUUUCUUAUGUUUUAGGAAAUUAGGGUCAAUUGUUUUAGACUUUUAGCUAAUUUUUAGAUAUGUAAGUAGUGUUAUAUGCAUUGUAGAAUUCCUUUGAAGGCUUCAUAAUAAAAACACCUAAGCCUCCU